UUCCCUUUAAGGGGAAGGCAUUAAACAGGGGAAGUGAAGCCAGUCGCAACUGCUUCAUUGUUUCACCCCCCUCUCACUAUCAAAACACUCUUAGUUCACUAUGGGGGAUUCCGCUUCUUCAGAGUGAAAUUGAACGCUAAUUGUCAGAAAAUCUCCCCGAACAUCGUUUCCUCCACCAUGCUUCAGCUGAACGACACCAUGGACCCGGAGAGCCCGGGUGCUGCGGUUCUCCUCCCCGCAGAGGCAGAGGAGGGGGUGGAGGUUGCUUUCACGCCUCCGGAGGCCCACGGACGGAGCUUCGGACACGCAGCCUCCGUGGCCUGCUGCCCCCCCUUACAGACGCUCACGCCUUUCCAUGUCCACAACCCCACCAUGCAAGCUACAGUCAAGGACUACUUCGUGUUCAGGCCAGGUACCAUCGAGCAGGCGGUGAAUGACAUCCGGACGGUGGCGCUCCCAUCAGAGGACGGGGAGGUGCUGAGCGUCUGGCUGCUGGUGGAAGUAGACCAUUGGAACAAUGAGAAGGAGAGGCUUGUUCUGAUCACUGACAGGUCUUUGCUGGUGUGCAAGUAUGACUUCAUUAAUUUGCUGUGUCAGCAAGUGGUCAGGAUAUCUCUGAACGCCGUAGACACCAUCUCUGUGGGUGAAUUUGAAUUCCCACCAAAAUCUCUCAACAAAAGAGAGGGCUAUGGGAUUCGUGUUCAGUGGGACAAACGUCCUCGGGCUUCGUUCUUAAACCGCUGGAACCCGUGGUCCACAGACAUGCCCUACUCCACCUUCACAGAGCACCCCAUGGCCCACGCUGAUGAGAAAGUGGCUUCCCUCUGCCAGUUGGACAACUUCAAAACCCAGCUGGUACAGGCAGUGAAGAAGGCCCAUAAGGAGCACCCCAUCCCCGGACGGGCUAACGGCGUGCUGAUCUUGGAAAGACCCCUCCUCAUCGAGACCUAUCUGGGUAUUAUGUCUUUCAUCAACAAUGAGGCGAAGCUUGGCUAUUCCAUGACGCGAGGCAAAAUAGGCUUCUAGAAAAUUUCCAGGGAGGAGCCUGUGUAUGUAUCUUGAUUACCUUGUACUGUCUGAGGGAAGCUCCAGUACAAUGUGUAGCUUGACUGUGAGUGUGUGUUUGUGUCUGAGUCGAGCCCAUGACAUGUCCAAACUUCCAUUAAUUUGGUUUGAAGACAAGUGGUCGACCUGCAGAAGGUAAAACACAGGAAGCUCUGUGACGAUUCCUGUUUUCUGCUUCCUAUCAGAAACCUGCACACGUCUUUUGCAUUUCCACCUUCUACAGCUUAUGCUUUAAAUAACAUAAAUUAGAAAACUACUACGCUCCCUUUACAUUUAUUCAAUUCUAAACUUACGAUAUUUUGAUUUUGAUUGAUUGCAUUUAGAUAAGAGAUUUGAUUUGUUAAAACCUUAAGCUGCAGCAGGAAGCCAUGUUAAACAAAAUGUUUCAGUUGGUUUAUUACAUAGUUGAAACUGAAUGGUUUUGUUAUUGCAUUAUUAUAAAUAAGAGGUAUUUAACCCUAAUGUCACAUGUUUACAUAGAGAAGACUAAAAAUGGAAUUAACAACAAAUGCACAGUAGAAAUUACAUAUUUGGCCUUGUAACAUAUGUGUAACCUUAUUGUAAUUAUUUUUCGGAGUAGGAGGAAGCAAUUUGUAACCAGUUCUAUGCAGGAGUUUUGAUCUUAUUUCUUUAUAUUUUGCUUCCAGUAAGCCAUAUUACCUCCUAAAGGAUGUUUUAGCAAUAGAUCUGAAGGACUUUAUGGAUGAGUUGCAGUUUUUGGCCAAAUUAGUAUUGAUAUGAUUAAUUCUUCUUGAUUAAAAAGGAAUUUGUAUCCAUCUUUACACAACAAACUAUUUAGCUAUUUUUUUUCAGCUUUUUGUGAUGAAAGACAAUUUUUCAACUAACCCUAACUUUUGAUUCAGGUAUUAAAAAAGGCCAAAGAAAACCUUUUAGUUUAUAAUGUUAAUCCUACAGUUAUUAUCAAAGACAGUUUGCCAUAAUUUAGAAUAGUGUGCUUGAAUGAGAAGAACAACAAAAAAAACCUGGAGAGAAAAAUGAAAUGUCAGCCUUUAAAGCAAACUGAUUAAUACUGUU